AUGCCCACGCCUCCAUUCACUGUCCCCCACGGUUCAACCGGAUUCCCUGUCUUUUUCGGAAACAACGAUGCUGCCAUGUCCUUUGUCACUGCUGCUGCCGCCGCUUCUGCCACGACCCCCACCACCAGUGUAGAAAACACAGUGUGUCCCGACUGUGUGAUGCAAGCCGUCAAGGUGGCAUCCGCCAUCUAUGCAGGAGAACUCAAUCAACGUGUCACCUGUAACCACGAACGAUGCAUCGGCUCAACAACAACAACAACAACAAUCAGUCCCAAUGCUCCUAUCAACACACUCAAGAACGCAAUCAACGCCAUGGCGAGUCAUCUGCAGGGCAUCACCGACGAGGUCAUGUAUGUUGCCCACGAAACUGCUGUAAAAGGCAAACUCGGUGUGCAGGCUCGCAUUGACUCGAAAAUGGCCGGUGCUUGGCGUGAAGUGGUCGUCGACCUGAAUAGCAUGACUCGGAAUCACCUGGAACAGGUCCGGGACAUUGCGGAUGUGUCCACUGCUAUUGCUCGAGGCGAUCUCAGUAAGGCCAUGACCGUUCCGGUCAAGGGAGAAACACUGUUACUGAAGAAUACUUUUAAUACGAUGGUGAAUCAAUUGAAUACAUUUGCAUCAGAAGUGUCACGCGUUGCCCACGAGGUCGGAACAGAAGGCAAACUGGGUGUCCAAGCCAAAGUGGCGGGCGCAGAUGGCAUCUGGAAAGAACUGACUGAUAAUGUGAAUACAAUGGCCGAUAACCUGACCAACCAAGUCCGUGAUAUUGCUCAAGUCUCAAAGUCUGUUGCACGUGGUGAUCUUACAAAGAAAGUGACCGUUGAAGUGCGUGGCGAAAUGUUGGAUUUGAAAGACACUAUCAAUACAAUGGUCGAUCAGCUAUCGACAUUUGCUACUGAAGUGACGCGCGUAUCGCUUGAAGUUGGAACAGAAGGCAUAUUGGGUGGACAAGCUGUUGUCAAAGAUGUGGCUGGUACAUGGAAAGAUUUGACCGAUAACGUCAAUCUCAUGGCAUGCAAGAUUACCGAUCAAGUACGAGAUAUUGCUGCAGUCGCCAAGGCUGUAGCAAAGGGCGAUCUCAGCAAAAAGGUCACUGCCAAUGCUCAAGGCGAAAUGCUCGAACUGAAAAACACAAUGAAUCGAAUGGUGGAUCAACUUACGCUAUUUUCCGCCGAAGUAAGGCGAGUAUCGCUUGAAGUGGGAGUAGAAGGAAAGCUAGGCGGACAAGCGGUCGUCAAAGACGUGGGUGGUGCCUGGAAAGAUUUGACCGACAAUGUGAAUACCAUGGCAGCCAACCUAACGACCCAAGUACGAUCGAUUGCCGAAGUCACCAAAGCCGUUGCCAAGGGCGACUUGAGCAAAAAGAUUGACGUGGAAACCCGCGGCGAGAUUCUCGACCUAAAGAACACGGUCAACAACAUGGUCGACCAGCUCCGUGUCUUUUCGACCGAAGUCACGCGUGUUGCCAAAGAAGUCGGCACAGCCGGUAAAUUGGGCGGCCAGGCACGGGUGCCGAACGUCGACGGGACCUGGAAAGAUCUGACCGACAAUGUCAACACCAUGGCAACCAAUCUGACAACCCAAGUGCGAUCGAUUGCGGUGGUGACCAAGGCCGUCGCCAACGGCGACUUGUCGAAAAAGAUUGAGGUCACUGUCAGUGGCGAGAUCUCCGAUCUCAAGGAUACGGUCAACAACAUGGUCGAUCAACUGCGUGUGUUUGCAUCCGAAGUGACGCGUGUGGCACGCGAAGUCGGUACCGAAGGCAAAUUGGGCGGCGAAGCGGUUGUGCCGAGUGUUAGUGGUACCUGGAAAGAUCUGACCGAUAAUGUGAAUACCAUGGCUGCCAAUUUGACGACCCAGGUGCGGUCGAUCGCACAAGUCACCAAAGCCGUGGCCAAGGGCGACCUCAGCAAGAAAAUCGACGUGGAAACGCGUGGCGAGAUACUCGAUUUGAAGAACACGGUCAACAACAUGGUGGAUCAACUCAAUGUCUUUGCAGAUGAAGUGACGCGUGUUGCGAAAGAAGUCGGUACAGACGGAAAACUCGGUGGACAAGCCAUGGUGCCCAAUGUCGAUGGCACCUGGAUGGAUCUUACAGACAAUGUCAAUCAAAUGGCGGCCAAUCUCACAACACAAGUGCGGUCUAUUGCCGAAGUCACUAAAGCCGUAGCCAAUGGCGACCUGAGCAAGAAGAUCGAAGUCGAAAGUGGUGGCGAGAUCUUAGAGCUCAAAAACAUUGUCAAUAACAUGGUGGACCAAUUACGCAUCUUUGCAUCCGAAGUGACGCGUGUGUCCAAAGAAGUGGGCACAGAAGGCAAAUUGGGUGGUCAAGCCAUGGUUGAAGGUGUUGCAGGCACUUGGCACGAAUUGACAGACAAUGUGAACCAGAUGGCAGCCAAUUUGACCAAUCAAGUACGAUCGAUUGCCGAAGUGACCAAAGCCGUUGCCCACGGCGACUUGAGCAAAAAGAUUGAAGUUGAAAGUGGCGGUGAAAUCUUGGAGCUCAAGAACAUUGUCAAUAACAUGGUCGAUCAGCUCCGCGUAUUUGCUUCCGAGGUGACGCGUGUAGCCAGGGAGGUCGGAACGGAUGGCAAGCUCGGUGGCCAGGCGGUGGUACAAGGAGUGGCUGGUACCUGGAUGGAUCUAACCGAUAAUGUCAAUACCAUGGCUGCCAAUCUGACCAGUCAGGUGCGAUCGAUUGCCGAGGUGACGAAAGCUGUGGCACUUGGCGACUUGAGCAAGAAAAUCGAAGUUGAAAGUGGUGGCGAGAUUCUGGAGCUCAAGAACAUUGUCAAUAACAUGGUUGACCAACUGCGUAUCUUUGCUUCUGAGGUGACGCGUGUGUCCAAGGAGGUCGGCACCGAAGGCAAGCUGGGUGGACAAGCGGUUGUGCAAGGUGUCGCUGGUACAUGGAACGAACUCACCGACAAUGUCAACAUCAUGGCUGCCAAUCUCACGACCCAAGUGCGAUCGAUCGCUGAAGUGACGAAGGCUGUCGCCAGUGGUGAUUUAUCCAAGAAAAUCGAAGUUGAGACGCGUGGAGAGAUCUUGGAUCUCAAGAAUAUCGUCAACAACAUGGUCGAUCAAUUGCGUGUUUUUGCUUCAGAAGUAACACGUGUGGCACGCGAAGUAGGCACGGACGGCAAGCUCGGCGGUCAAGCUGUCGUGAAUGGUGUUGCCGGUACAUGGAUGGAUCUUACCGACAAUGUCAAUACCAUGGCGGCCAAUCUGACGACUCAGGUGCGGUCCAUUGCUCAAGUCACCAAAGCCGUGGCAAAUGGUGACUUAUCCAAAAAGAUUGAGGUCGAGACUCGAGGCGAGAUACUCGACCUUAAAAACACGGUCAAUAACAUGGUCGACCAAUUGCGUGUGUUUGCUGCUGAAGUGACACGUGUGUCUAAAGAAGUCGGCACUGAAGGCAAGUUGGGCGGUCAAGCGAUGGUCGAAGGCGUCGCUGGUACAUGGCUCGAUCUCACAGAUAACGUAAACACAAUGGCUGCCAACCUCACAACCCAAGUACGGUCUAUUGCUCAAGUGACCAAAGCGGUUGCGUUGGGUGACCUGAGCAAAAAGAUUGAAGUGGAAACCCGCGGUGAAAUCCUGGAGCUAAAGAACAUUGUCAAUGACAUGGUGGAUCAAUUGCGGAUCUUUGCUUCCGAGGUGACACGUGUGUCCAAGGAAGUGGGUACAGAAGGCAAGUUGGGUGGCCAGGCUGUUGUACAGGGCGUUGCCGGCACAUGGUACGAGUUGACGAACAAUGUAAACAUCAUGGCGGCCAAUUUGACGAACCAAGUACGAUCCAUCGCCGAGGUGACCAAAGCCGUCGCGUUGGGAGACCUCAGUAAAAAGAUCGAGGUGGAAAGUGGCGGCGAAAUCCUCGAAUUGAAGAAUAUCGUCAACAACAUGGUGGACCAACUACGCAUCUUUGCCUCUGAAGUCACGCGUGUAUCCAAAGAAGUCGGCACCGAAGGCAAAUUGGGAGGACAAGCGGUGGUGCAAGGCGUCGCAGGUACCUGGUACGAACUUACCAACAAUGUCAACAUUAUGGCAGCCAAUUUGACGAGUCAGGUGCGAUCGAUUGCCGAAGUGACCAAAGCUGUGGCGCUGGGUGACCUGAGCAAGAAGAUUGAAGUUGAAAGUGGUGGCGAAAUCCUCGAAUUGAAGAAUAUCGUCAACAACAUGGUGGACCAGUUGCGGGUGUUUGCGUCCGAAGUAACGCGUGUAUCCAAAGAGGUCGGCACGGAAGGCAGACUUGGCGGACAAGCCAUCGUGCAAGGCGUCGCGGGUACAUGGAACGAGCUUACGGAUAAUGUCAAUAUCAUGGCUGCCAAUCUUACCACCCAAGUGCGGUCCAUUGCCGAGGUGACCAAGGCCGUGGCAAACGGUGACUUGAGCAAAAAGAUUCAUGUUGAAGCACGAGGCGAAAUUUUGGACUUGAAGAACACUGUGAAUGACAUGGUGGAUCAACUCAGUGUAUUCUCGACCGAAGUGACUCGCGUGGCCAGAGAAGACCUGACUGACAACGUCAACAUGAUGGCUGGUAAUUUGACGACUCAGGUACGAUCGAUUGCCACGGUCACUACAGCCGUUGCCAAGGGUGACUUGUCUCGCAAGAUUGUUGUAGAAGUGCAAGGUGAAAUCUUGGAACUCAAGGAUACUGUAAAUUCCAUGGUGGAUCAACUACGAGUCUUUGCUGCAGAAGUAACGCGUGUGGCAAGAGAAGUCGGCACAGAAGGCAUGCUCGGUGGCCAAGCAGCGAUCAUUGGUGUUGAUGGUACCUGGAAGGACUUGACCGACAAUGUCAACCUGAUGGCCAGUAACUUGACGGAUCAACUUCGUGCCAUUGCUGCAGUCUGUAAAGCGGUUGCUCAAGGUGACUUAUCCAAAAAGAUUGAAGUCGAAGUACAUGGUGAAAUUGCCGAGCUCAAGAACACGAUCAAUACCAUGGUGGAUCAACUCAACUCGUUCGCAUCUGAAGUGACACGCGUUGCUCGCGAAGUCGGUACUGAAGGCAAACUGGGCGUGCAAGCCGAAGUGGAAGACGUUGAGGGUGUAUGGCGCGAAAUCACUAGCAAUGUCAAUACCAUGGCAUCCAAUUUGACGACGCAAGUACGAGCCUUUGCUCAGAUUUCUGCCUCUGCUACCGAAAACGACUUUUCUCGUCUGAUUACGGUUGAAGCUUCUGGUGAAAUGGACUCGCUCAAGACCAAGAUCAAUCAGAUGGUGGCUUCGUUGCGUGAUGCAAUCCAAAAGAACCGACUCGCCAAGGAAGCUGCUGAACUGGCUAACCGAUCCAAGAGUGAAUUCCUUGCCAACAUGAGUCACGAAAUCAGAACACCCAUGAAUGGUAUCAUUGGCAUGACGUCGUUGACGCUCGAGACGGAAUUAUCCCGCCAACAGCGCGAGAAUUUGAUGAUCGUGUCCAGCUUAGCCAACAGCUUGCUGACCAUCAUUGACGACAUUUUGGAUAUCUCCAAGAUUGAAGCAGGUCGCAUGACGAUUGAAUCCAUUCCGUUCUCUCUGCGUUCGGCCAUCUUUAGUGUGCUCAAGACACUUGCGGUCAAGGCGAACCAGAAGAAGCUGGAUCUCAUCUACAAUGUCGACAACUCGAUUCCAGAUCAGCUCGUCGGUGAUCCUCUGCGCUUGCGCCAAGUGAUUACCAACCUUAUCGGCAACGCUGUCAAGUUUACGAACCAUGGCGAGGUUGUGCUGCAAACACGUGCUAUAGAAAUGCGGGGCGACCACGUCAAGGUCGAAUUCUGUGUCAGUGACACGGGUAUUGGUAUUCCAUCGGAUAAGCUGGAUGUGAUCUUUGACACGUUUGCACAAGCUGAUGGUGGCACCACGCGUAAAUAUGGCGGUACUGGCUUGGGAUUAUCGAUCUCCAAGGCCUUUGUGCAGCUGAUGGGCGGUAAUUUGUGGGUUGAAUCCAUGUAUGGCCGUGGAUCUCAGUUCUACUUUACCGUCAAUCUUCGCCAAUAUCACAUGGGCGAAAAAGAGAUCCGCGAGAAGCUGACUCGAUUCCAAGGCCGCCGCGUCUUGUUCCUUGAAACCGCUGGCGAUCAAAGCAACCUGAUGAACCAGAUCAGCGAGCUCGGCCUGCGACCUUUUAAGGUAACCAGCAUAGCAGAGGCUACCAACACUGCUAACUCAACAACAACACGCAACGACCAUGCACCAUUGUUCGACACGCUCAUUGUCGACAAAAUGUCACACGCCGAACGUAUCCGAGAAAUUGUGCACCUGCGCUUCACGCCGAUCGUUCUCAUCACACCCGACAUACACCCACUCAACAUGAAGCUAUGCAUUGAUUUAGGCAUCACCAGCUGUAUCAACUCGCCCGUCAGUCGACUGGAUCUUGCACAUACCCUCUUACCGGCACUCGAGAACCAUGUCGCACUACCCAGCGACGCAGCGAAAUCGGCCUCGCUCGAGAUUUUAUUAGCAGAGGACAACAUUGUCAAUCAGAAAUUGGCGGUUCGUAUCCUCGAGAAAUUCGGUCAUCAUGUCAAGAUCGUAUCCAACGGCCAAUUGGCCGUGCAGGCAUUCCAGUCGCAAGCAUUUGAUCUUAUUCUGAUGGACGUUCAGAUGCCUGUCAUGGGCGGUUUUGAAGCAACACAAAAGAUCCGUGAUAUUGAAAAGGCGUCUGGUACAGACGCUCACAUUCCCAUUAUCGCACUGACAGCUCACGCCAUGAUUGGCGAUCGAGAAAAGUGUUUAAAUGCAGGAAUGGAUGAAUAUGUCACGAAGCCAUUAAGAUUCCCAGAGUUAAUAUCAGCCAUCAAGAAGUUUGCCUCUCGGUCACAGUAA